AAAUCUCAAAGAACCCUAUUUAGUAUUUCCCCCUCCCUUGGCAAUCCUUCUCCUUCUUCCUCCUGUACAAAAUCUCGCUCUUUCGGUUUCACUCACGACGCUCCGCCAUAACCAACCAAUCAUCAAAACCCCAAUAUACUGCUGCUCGGAAGUUGAAGUUGAAGGCACCGCCGAAAUCACCCAGUUCGAUAAGCGGAAAAAGCAAGUGAGAAGUGGACCUAUGGAUUCAUCCUCAGCUGAGGCACCAAUAAUGCAGGAAGUUAUGUUGGAGUUUCGUGCUGGUAAAAUGUUAUUGGAUGGAAAGAGGGUUGUACCAGAUUCACGUAAAGGACUCAUUCGUAUAGCAAGGGGUGAGGAGGGACUGGUACAUUUUCAAUGGCUAGAUCGGGCCCAAAAUGCAGUUGAAGAUGACCAAAUUAUUUUUCCUGAUGAGGCAGUUUUUGAGAAGGUUGACCAAGCAUCAGGAAGGGUUUAUAUAUUAAAGUUCAACACCGAUGACCGGAAGUCCUUUUUCUGGAUGCAGGAGCCUAGAGCUGAAGGUGAUUCACAAUUAUGUAGCUCCGUCAACUAUUAUAUCAAUCGGCCAUUGGAGUUCCCUGAAGAAGUAGAGCCUGAUUCUUCUGGUCAUUUGCAAGCAUCUGAAGACAUGGUUGAAGAUGAUACUUCAUCAAGAGCUGGAAACUUAACCAUUCCAAACUUAGGUGGAGAAGCAAUUAGUGAAGUGACCUCUUCAUCUGGACCAGUCAAAUUGGAAGACUUGCAAAGAAUUUUGAGCAACAUCACUCCCGCAGAAAUUGCUGGUGAUCCAGAUGAAGGAUUGGGAUUAGCAGAGCUUUUGAAACCAGAUUUGAUAAUGCCAUUAAUUGAUUCAUUGCCCCUGGAGGAAAGAUUAGCAUCAUAUUUACCUGAGGGUCAAUGGACUCCAGAGGAUGUAUUGGAGCUUCUGCAGAGUGCUCCCUUCCGUCAACAAGUGGAUUCAUUUACUUAUGUACUUCGAACAGGACAGAUAGAUUUGUCUCAGUUUGGUAUAGACCCAAGUAAAUACAAGUUUACCGUUUUAUCUUUCCUUGAGGCACUUGAAGAUUCAGUCUCGAAAGAGGAGUCUCGACAAGAUGACAAGGAUUUAAGACAACAGUCAUGUAAUAGCAAUGACCCCAUGGACGAGGGCCAGUAACAGAGGACAUUUUAUCCAUUCCUUCUUCAUUGUUCGAGAGCAAGCGUUCUUAUGCUGAAACUACCAGGGGAAAAGAGACAUGAGUAGGAAACAGUAUUACCUGUGGUACAUUUUCCUUUGGUGCAAAAAAAUUCAGUUUCUGUUGGAGAAUCAAUCAUUAAAUUGUUGCUUCUAAACCUUAUUUUCUCCGAAUUACUGUGUUUAUUUAUACAUCAUUCCGAGCAAAAAGAUUUUUUGGAAGACUAUCUUAUUUCUUAUGACUCCAGCACAAUAUUCUUUUAGGAAAAAGGCAACACCUUAACCCCCUUCUUUGGAGAUUAUUUUAUCGAAAAUAUAGUGAUAAUGUUACC